AUGGAGCACUUGCAUCGGCCAAGCCACCCGGGGCCGAAGGUCCAAAGGGGUGGCUCGCGGCGGUUUGUUGCUUGGCGAAGUGGCCCCAGAUGGAGGGACGAGCGGUCGGCGUUGGAGAAGGUGAAUGAUGGAUCCUUGCUGAAGGGUCUGGCUUCGAGGUCCACCGAACUUGCGGACAGGCCUUUUGGCAUGCCAGGCGAUUCCGAGGAGGCAGUUUGGGUGGAGUACUUUCGCGGAGUGAAGACCACUUGGCGCAUUUGCUUCACUGUCAAGAACUUCACACUUCUCCGGCAUUUGCAGCGCCAGAGCGACUGGCUAGAAUUCCGACAGGCUUUAGUCACAUGGACACGUGUCGGACUUGAGAAAUCCCUGGUGCUUGGACAAGGUGACUUCAGAGCCCCUGUGUCGAAGAUCGUCGUGGAGGCUGUGAGGCUACUGAGCGGCGGACAAGGCGAAGCCGCCACGACUGCCACGUUUGCCGCCAACGUUUCCUUGCAGUCGGCAGGUGAGCCGGGCACGGUGGAGGAGUCGAUGCGGAAGGCCAUGACGAGCCGGGGCCUUCAGGUGGACUUUGCCGCCGGUGUCGCCGGAUUGCUGCAGCGCCUCGACAGCGGCGCUCGAGUUUCUGCGAAGGAGGUUAUGGUGGCCCAGGAGCUUCCACGUGAGAUCGAGCUGCGCGGCGGAAUGCGUGAGCAGCUCUUCAUCGCAGCGGUGCCAGACUGCAGCCGGGCCGCCAACCAUGGCCUCUGUGAGGGUUUCGAGCUCGUGGCCAUCGUUGUUGGGACAAGUUCUUCAAGUUCUUCAACCGUCCAAUCGGUUUUGGAAGGCCAGGCCUUGCAGGCUCUUCGCAGCGACCAGGUGCUGAAGCUGCCCUCUGUCCCGGUGCGGCUCUGCUUCCGCAGCCCCUUCGCCAAGCUCCCGCGCUUUUCCUCGAAGCAGCUGGGCGACAGACUCGGCUCCUCAGUGGCAAACGGCAGAUCAGAUGGCGGUACUGUGGCACACCUCAUGGCGCUGCAUUUCCGCCGGCUCGUGCAAAACUUGAAGUUCGACUGGCAACCUCUUCAUGUGGAGAAGCGCCAUGAAGCACGGCGACUACAUGGGGCCUGCGAGGCAGACCAGGAGGGAGGCGCGGUGCUCGCUGACACCAUUCAGUGGGGCAACAGGGAACUGCAGCGCCGCUCGAUACUCCGCAUGGACUGCCGAUCGGAUCAGCUAAAGCUGUCAGAGCUGGGUGAGAUACCCCUCCCUGAGAAGCUGGAGGUGGGCCGGCCGCGCGAUGCACGGAAGCUUCGCCUGAAAGACCUCCGAGGAGCUCUGCGCCAAGCGGGCAUACACUGGCUUCGGGAGCCCGAGGAGCAGCUGCUGCUGGAGGUCCUCCAGCGGGAGCGCUCCGAGGGCUCUGCAUCCCAGGGGUCCCAGGGAGAGUGGGAGCCCUGGGAGGAAGACCUGGCCGACGCCUUUGUCAUCGACUCUGCUGGGCACUUUUCGAAGAUUGGCUCGGGCGUCCUGAGGAUCCAGCACGUUUUUCACGUCACCCGCAAGAUCAGGGAGACGCUGCGCUGCAAAGCAGAGGCCAAGGGUGGCCUGGUACGUGCAUCGAUUUCCAGGUCCGAGUUUGCCAGCCUCCUGAACGCUGCUGGCAUCGGGUGGCUAACCCAUGAGCAGUUGGAUGAGAUGUUCUCAGUGAUCGGAGGUGCCGAUGCAGAGGCCGGCAUCAGCCUCAGCGACUGGGUGUCUCGCUUCUCCUGGGACCCGAUGCAGGCAGCGAUGGAGGUCGAGCGGGUGCUGGACGUGUGGGCUCGGCGCUUCGACCGAUCCGUGCCUUACCUGAGACUCUGGAAUGCCCAGACCGGGCGUGCCACGGCGAAGCCCCCGAUGCGGCCGCGAGGCUUAAGGUUCUGGGACUUCCAUGGGGUUCUGACAGAGAUGGGGGUGAACUUCCUGACUUUGCAGCAGCAGCGCCUGAUGUUCCAGUCCCUGGAUUCCAAUCGCGACGGCCGCGUGGAUUUGGAGGAGCUCCAGAACUUCUCCCAGAAGAGGAUGCAGAUCGAGUUGCGCCGGGAGGAGGAGAUGGCGUCAGGGGCGGCCAGAGAGGAGUCCUUGCAGGGCCACUCGCAGUCAGAGUCACAAGCAUCCGAGUCCAGGGAAUCACCGAACUCGGAGAACUCCAACGACCAAAGCCCACAGGCCGAAGCCCAGGCAGCCGAAGCACAGGCAGCACAGGCCGAAGCAGCACAGGCCGAAGCCGAAGCCCAAGAGGCCGAGGCCAUGGAAGCCAUGUAUGAGUUCAGCGAGAGCCAGGGACGGCUGAACAGCCCAGCUAGCCCAGCUAGCCCAGCCAGCCCAGGCUACACCGAGUACACCUGGAGCGAGGAGCAAUUCGUGGAGGCAUCUGACCGGGAGAGAGAGGAACUCCGAGAAGCACUCGGAGAGGACCUCCACGGGCUCGAGGCUCUCGAGGAUUCUGCGGGCCGCGCGCAGCUUGGAGCGAGCCCCCCUCGCUCGCAGAGCGAGAGCCCCAACAGUCAGAGUCAGAGUCCUCACAGUCCGGCAAGCGGCUACCCCGAUUCCUUCGACAGUCGCUGA